GGCGCUUGAGGGAAGAAAGGCAAAAUGGCUCAGGAGGCGAUGGACGUUGACGUCCCUGCGGCCGAGGAAGGCGCCUCGAGCUCCGGGGCUGGGCCUGCCGCUGCCCGCUCUGCCUCGGCCGCGGGGACGGAGCCAAGGAGGAGGCCGCCCAGGGCGCAGAGGAGGCCGCAGAGGGGCCCUCAGGGAGCCCGAGGAGGCGGCAACGGGCAGCGGGCGGCCAGAGCCAGGGCCACGGUACCACUGGACAGUUACUUCCAGCUCAGCCGGACCCAAGCAGCCGCGUCAUCGAAUGUCCUGGCAGCUCGCGGUGGGAACAGUUCAGACGAGACCGUGGUCCUGAGCGACUCCGAAAGCAACAGCAGCAGCUCCACUGAAGUGGAAGAGGAUGAAGAAGAGCCAGAGGGAGCCCCUGAAGAGGGCCUGGGACCAGCCGUCUUGAGAGUCUCUGGUUCAGCGCCGUCAGGAGAAGGCUCUGGGGAGCCAGAAGAGCAUCCUGACCCUGGAGGUACCACUGCCCAGCAGAAGAAGACGACUCCAGUAAAAAGAACCAAUCUGGCUGGGCCCCCGCUUUGCUUGGAGGAGGAAGAGAGUGGUGAUACCUGUGCCAUUUGCUUUGAAGAGUGGACAAAUGCUGGGGAGCACCGUCUCUCUGCCCUGCGCUGUGGGCAUCUCUUUGGCUACAGCUGCAUUCAGAGGUGGCUGAAGGGGCAGCCUGGGAAGUGCCCACAGUGCAAUAAGAAAGCCAAGCGUUCGGACAUUGUUGUCCUCUAUGCCCGUACUUUGAAAGCAUUAGACACCAGUGAACAGGAGCACAUGAAGAGUUCUUUAGAAAAAGAACAAAUGCUUAGAAGGAAAGCAGAGUUGGAAUCAGCACAGAGUCGCCUCCAACUGCAGGUCUUGACAGAUGAGUGCAGUAAACUUCGCCAACAAGUUCAGGAGCUGAAGACCCUAAUGGCCCGGCACAACACAAGUUCCUCUCAGCAGCCCAGCAACUCUCGCUCUUGCUUCCCGGGUUGCCUUUCCUCCAGCCAGGGCCAGCACAAGUACCAUUUUGAGAGAGCCUUUCUGGUGUCUCAAGUGGGCAGCUGCCGGGUUAUGGCAUACUGUGACCCUUUAAGCUGCCUUGUGGUGUCUCAGCCCUCUCCACAAAACACCCUCAUUCCUGGCUGUGGGAUCAAGAUGAUGAGUGCUGUCAACUUGAAGAGCAGCCAGUAUGUCCCUAUUCACAGCAAGCAGAUCCGGGGCCUGGCCUUCAGCAACCGUGCAGAUGGAUUGCUCCUAUCUGCUGCACUGGACCAUACCCUCAGGCUCACAAGCUUGACAACCAACACGGUUGUGCAGACGUAUAAUACUGGUCGCCCCAUAUGGAGUUGCUGCUGGUGCCUUGAUGACACCAACUAUGUCUAUGCUGGAUUGGUCAAUGGUUCUGUCUUGGUGUAUGAUUUGCGAGACACAAGCUCUCAUGUCCAGGAGCUUGCUCCACAGAAGUCCAGGUGUCCUGUGGUGUCUUUGUCUUACUUGCCUCGAAUGGCCUCUGCCUCACUGCCCUAUGGUGGGCUAGUGUCUGGGACGCUGGAAGGGGCUUGCUUUUGGGAACAGAAAACCAGCAACUCCUACCGGCCUCACCACCUUCUCCUGGAGCCUGGAGGUUGCAUUGACCUUCAGACAGAGGCCAUCACGCGACACUGCCUUGCAACAUUCAGGCCCAAUAGAAACCACAACUGCUUGAGGUGUGUGGUGAUGGAGCUGACCUCUACUCAGCUGACAGAGGGGGCCGAUGAUGUUGUCUGUUCCUGUCGUCCAGUUCAGACUCUCACUGCAGGUCCAACAUGCAAACUCCUGACAAAAAAUGCCAUCUUCCAGAGUCCAGAAGACGAUGGCAGCAUUCUCGUUUGUGCUGGGGAUGAAGCAUCAAAUUCAGCCAUGCUCUGGGAUGCCGGGAGUGGCUCCUUGUUGCAGAAGCUCCCAGCUGACCUACCUGUCUUAGAUGUUUGCCAUUAUGAGGUGAAUCGCAACAGCUUCCUCGCUACCUUGACAGAGAAGAUGGUGAAAGUCUACAAGUGGCAAUGACUGCUUGGUGCAUGCGACCCUCAGGAGCUGAUCUCUGAAAAGAGCCAAUAUCUCACAAGCCAGCUUUGCUGCUAGCUGGUUGGUAGCUGCCUAAGAUGGGAGUGGAAUCGUCAAGCACUGUUGUACAAGCAAAUCCAUGCACCUCAGGGUAACUUCCCCCAACUCCUUAUUCUUGUUUCUUAGCAUUCCCUGUCUAGCAUCGUAUACAGACAGUUGUUGCUCCAUACUCUUAAGAGCAAUAUACUUAUAUCUUUUAAUGGAUCAUCUGCUUUCCUAGAUUUAUUGGUCUGGGGAAUGUAUGGAACUUGAGAAGCGAUUUGCCUGUCAUGGUGAUUUCCUGGAAAAUUACUAUUGGUGGUUGCUGAAAAUGGAUGGAGAUUAUUGGCACGGGGCAGUGCUCCUCGAGUUGGUGUCAAGCACGGAGUAGAAGGCAUUUUGCAUUUCUGAACUAGCCCAGCUCCCCAUAAGAAAAGUGGAAUCUCGAAAGUGACUUUGCUUGUGACGCAUCUCUUCAUCCUGAUGGACCUUGGUGAAAGACGUGACAAAUGCCUGGCUGCUACAUUGCAUUUUGACUGGAAAAACACAAUUCUGGCUGGGUGACAAAUCAAAAUCUUCUCUACAUAUCUUAGCUUUAGGUCUUGGCCACUUGCUGCUUAUGAGAUGUGCCCUGGACCUUCUCUGAGAACUGACCAAACUGUUGGGCUUAUGAGCAGGGACUUCAAACUUGACAUCAUUUCAGAACUUUGCUUAAAAUCUACAGAGAACAAAUGUCUUCUGUGCUAUGAAUGAAUUUGGUAUCAUAAUUUAAUGCUUCUGUUUCGUCGGAGAUGAUAACAAUCAAGACUGUGAUAUCAGCCUGAUCCGAUUUGAAAACCUCCACCUAAAGCGAGUGGAAAUGGCACUUUUUUUUGGUGCUGCUUGAACUGAUGAGUUGCAGUACUAAACCGCAGACCAGCUUUCCUAAGGCUGAACUCUGUGGCUCAUCCAUGUACCUAAAACUUUACCAGUUCCUAUCGAACUGUUCUUAUCUUUGUAUAAUAACCACAUUCUCCUAUAUUUUUUACACAGAAAGAACAAUGACCUGUUUUAAUAAUAACGCCAAGUCGGGGAAAACCGUGUCAGACUUGCAAGAUGCAGAGCUGUGACACAGUCGGGCUCUUGUCAAUGCCUUCCUCACAGACACAGAAAUAGUGAGGAACGUUGAAUGAAUGCUCUUAUGGACCGCAAUGUCUUGGGAUGCUUCUUUCUGGCCAGUGAAUCUGGACAGGGAGCUGGUCCUUAACUGUUGGCUAAUAGCUGACUUUCUAUAAAUGUUGGCGGGUGCAUUUCCUCCCAAAAUGAAAGGCAUCGCUUACAGGGCAAGAUGUUGCCCUUUUGCUGUGACAUCUACACAGAGUAAUAACGCACAGCAUGCUAGCUUUUAAGAGGCAGCCAGUCACUUUAUAUUAAAGUACAUGAUACGGAACAUGAUGUAAAUAGGAUUAUAACUGGCUCUGCUACUGGAAUUGGAUCGCCCUGAGAUUAUAAACACCUGUAUAAUAAAUAAAGACAUUUUUUGAACAU